AUGGCGGAUGAAGACGGCCUCCUGGACAAGGUCCACGGCCUGAGCGACUUGGAGCUGGCCGCCCUGCUGUGCCUGGUCAAUCGAGAACACUGCAUCGUUAGCACGCCUCCCGCUGCCCUCGACGAGCUUGUCGAGGAGCUACAGCUGAUCGCAACAAAGACCUUCGGUCUGAAAUGCGCCGUAGUGGAUUGUACUCCGCAAACCUCACUGGAGGACUUUGCAUCGUCGAUCCUCACGCAGCAGUCUCUAGCAGCACCCAGAUCAGGCUCGCCUUUACGAACCCGCAAUGAUUCCUACUUUUCUCGCGCGGGCAUCUCCCCCCUGACCUCCGUCACGGCAACCAGCCCGACCGGCCAGGGCAUCGGUGGCUCCUCCAUCGCCAAUGUGAUUGUAGCUCGGAACCUUGACCGCGCCCCAAGAGCCGUUCAGAUCCAGGUUCUUGAGCUCCUCCGCACCCGCCGUAUCUUCACACGCACUUCCGUCCAGACGGCCCCGAAGCAGUUUCUGUUCAUCGCCGCCCUGGGCGCCGAAAGCGGUGGUCAGGCUCACGUCACGCUUCACCUGAACGACUACCUCUUCAUUGCUCACUGGCAUGAUCCGGACGACGGUUUCCCCAAUCUCGACGACGCGUACGACGCUGCUGAUGGGGCCGAGACGGCGAGUACCGAGAGCGUGCUCAAGAAAAGCAUCAACGGUGAUUUGCCCGCAGUCAGCGAAAACCCUCUUUUCCGUGAAGGCGAUGUUGCGGCCAUCGCCAAGAGCAGUCGAGAUGUCCAGAUCGAUGUUGAUGUCUUGCGCUACCUAAUGAAUGUAGUCUCAUACCUACGAAUGCAUCGCGCAGUUGCCGGCGGCAUCGAGCCGACCGCGACGAAGCACUUGGAGCAGUUGCUUAAAUGCCUGGCUCCGCUACACCGGCUCGAUUUUGUCACACCCGCAUUGGUUCAUCUGGCCGUUAGGAAAGUCUACUUGCACCGAAUACGCAUAGCGCAUCCGCGACAGGAACGCAGUAUGCAGUGGGGAAGCCAGCUGGAAGCCAUUGAAUCCAUUCUCGAAGGCGUGGGCCCCGAGGACGUGAUUGAGGACGUGCUGGGCAUGGUUGCGGCACCGCUUUGA